AGAUGGGUUUUGGGGCCUAGGCACCUGAUUCCUGGGAGUGAGGCAGGGUCCCAAGGACGAGGCGGCAGUGGGUGCACGGUGUCCGGGUCCUCACAACCCUGGUUAUCCCGAGAGAGACAUCCUACAGCUCUCUCCUCGCCUCUUCUCUCCAGCUGGGCUCGACUGAGAAAGGGACCUAAGUAAAGUUGAAAACUACAAAUGCAGAAACUUCCUGUAUCUGUGAGGGUAGGAGGAGAAAGGCUGGGGAAACCGGAGGGGGAAUUCCCUUGGGGAGCCAGGGGUUGGUCUCCCCCAGAGACGCGUGAUGGCAAAGAAUCAACAUGCUGAACUGGCGCAGCUCCUUGAUCCUCACGGCCUACCUCGUCAUCUUCCUCACCGGUCUCCCUGCCAACCUCCUGGCGCUGCGGGCCUUCUUGGGGCGGGUCCGCCAGCCCCAACCCGCGCCCGUCCACAUCCUUCUGCUCAGCCUGACGCUGGCGGACCUCCUGCUGCUCGUGCUGCUGCCCUUCAAGAUCAUCGAGGCUGCAUGGGACUUCCGUUGGUAUCUGCCCGAGCUCCUCUGUGCCCUCACUGGCUUCGGCUUCUACAGCAGCAUCUACUGCAGCACAUGGCUCCUGGCAGGCAUCAGCAUCGAGCGCUACCUGGGAGUGGCUUUUCCUGUGCAGUACAAGCUCUCCCGCCGGCCCAUAUAUGGAGUGAUUGCUGCCGCCAUCGCCUGGCUCAUGUCCUUUGGGCACUGCACCAUUGUGAUCAUCGGCCAGUACUGGAAAACGAACGAGACCAUCCAAGAGAAUCACACACUGACCUGCUACAAGAACUUCACCAAAGAGCAGCUGGAAGUCGUGCUUCCCGUGCGGCUGGAGCUGUGCCUUUUCCUCUUUGUGGUCCCCAUGUUGGUGACUAUCUUCUGCUACUGGCGCUUCGUGUGGAUCAUGCUCACCCAGCCCCACGUGGGGGCCCACAGGCGGCACCGAGCUGUGGGGCUGGCUGUCGUGUCACUUCUUAACUUCUUCGUGUGCUUUGGGCCUUACAACGUCUCCCAUCUAGUGGGGUUUUACUAUAAGGAAAGCCCUGAGUGGCGGGCAGAAGCUGUGGUGCUCAGUUCACUCAACGCCAGCCUGGACCCCCUGCUUUUCUAUUUCUCUUCUUCGGCGGUGCGCAGAGCCUUUGGAAAAGGGCUGCAGGUGCUGCGGAAUCGGGGUGCCUCCCUGCUGGGACGCAAAGGCAGAGACCCUGCAGAGGUGACGAAUGGGGACAGGGGUGUGAGCCAAGGGGAGGGAGUGCCAAGUUCGGACUUCACCACAGACUAGUGAUUCUCCUGGGCCUUUGGAGGCACACUGGGUUUCUGGUUACAGGCAGGGAGAGAGGGAGCAUGAGGGUUCCUGUCCCAGAUUUGGGAAUCCUCGGACCCAAUCCAUUACUGGGGCUUUUUUGUAAAAAACACCCAGCUUUGUAAAAAUCUCUCGCCAGCUUGGUAUCCAUUCCUGACUGAACUUCCUUCCCCAAAGAGGCACAGCUCAAUGGCCAAAGAAGAAACAGUUAGGCUUAAAAGCACUAUCAGACGGGCUUUGGAGACAGCUUAGCUAGUGCGAAUCUCAGUCUUUGCGAGGUGGUUGGUAAGUCCUAAGGCAAUCUUGUUACAAGCUUAGGAACAACACUAGACACUGGUCCAGAUGCUGGUGCUGGCACGAAGUCACUGGGAAGGAAAUGAAAGAGAAAUACUAAAUGCCAUCAAAAAGGACUCAGAAAGGUUCAGAGCCGAGGGAGUGCGAAGGGAAGACUGGGGGCUUCAACCUCUAAUGGACUGGGUUUGCACUGUAUCAAUAUGACCUGUUGCUUUGCAAGUGUGCUCCAGUCAUUUUCAUGUGUGGAUCCUGUCUCCCCCAUUAAGCCAGGAGGUCUGGGUCAUGUCUGCUUCCUCCUCGGCAUCCUGCACUGGCCAGGUCCUGGUUUGGUUGGCAGUCAACACUGACCAGCACAGGAAAAGACACGGAGGGUGUGGCAGAUUGAAAACAUUAUAAAAUGCUGAAGCAGGUGUCCACAAUUCUGAUAACAUUUCUGAAAGCCUAGAGAAGGCAAAAAUAGGUUGGAGAACCAAGAUUAAACAGCAAAGGGGAAGAUGAUGCAUUGGAAACUACCAAAAAAUUUUAAGAUGGUGUAGUAAGUGUGAAAUAAGUGAGGGUACUGAAGGAAUCCUGUUAAGAGUGAUGAACAGAGAGGCUGGAUUUAGAAAGAGAACGUGGGGGUGAGUACCAACUCAAAGUUAUCGGUCUAGUACAGGGGCUAAAAUCACCUUACCCUCCUGCUCAGACACCUGCCAAGUUCCCCUCUCAUCUGUCAUACUCAGUCAAAAUUCUUCCUCCCAGAAACUCCCAUCAUAUUAUUCCAUUACCUGCUUUACGCCUUCUCUCCCUUCCCAAUUCCACCUGCCUUACUCAUUUCUCCACAAAAAGGACCCCUCUCUCUAAUUGAUUUAACUAACUCCAGCCCCCAGUCUAGGAUGUGCAACCCAAUGUCUACAUCAGAAUCAUAUGUGGAGGUUUAAGGAAUUUGGCCUCCAAAAAGUUCUGGCCUUUGUCCCAGCUCCUAAGGGGUAACGUGUAUAUCCUUUAUAUCCUCAGAACUUCCCAAUGAUAGGAGAGUCUUCAUUAUUCUUGCUGCCCCCCCCACACCUGAUAUUUUAUGCUAAUUAGAUGACUCAGGGUGGGGCAAGGCACUGGGCGGUCUGAGGGUUGGGGCUUUGAGCCACUAACAGCCGCCUGACCUCCAGGGACAAGGGGCUGGAUACUGAGUACAACCACAUGGACGUUGAUUCAGUCAUGUCCACAUACUGAAACUCCAAUUAAAACUCUGGAUGCCAAAGCUCAAGUGAGCUUCCCUGAUUGGUAAUACAUAUCAAUGUGCCAAGGAAGUGGUUCAUCCUGACUCCGCUAGGAGAGGACACUGAAGCUUCGCAUUUGGGGACCCUCCCUGACCUCACCCAAUGGCAUCUCUUCUUUCGGUGCCUUCUGUUUUAUAUCCUUUUGGCUAUAAUAAAACUGUAAUCUGUAUAGCAUUUUCCUGAGUUCUGCACAUCAUUCUAGGGAAUUAACAAACCUGAGGGAUGGUGGGAACCCCAGAAUUUGUAGCCAGUUGAUCAGAAGUGAAGAUGGCCCUGGGAACCUGUGGACUUAUGACUGGUGUCUGAAAUGGUAGGCAUCUUGUAGGAAAUGUGCCCGUAACCUGUGAAGUCUGACCUAACUCCAGGUGGUGUCAGAAUUGCACUGUGAAUACAGAGUGCCACCUCAAACCUACUGACACAGAAUCUCUGGGGGUGGAGCCCAACAGGUGAACUUUAAAAGGUUACCCAAGCAACUAGAGAGACAAUGGCAAUUAAAUGCAAUACAUGAGCCUGCAUGGGAUCUAAUAAUAGAGGAGAAAGGGCUCAAAGGCUAUUACUGGAACAUAUGAAAAAAAUUGGAAUAGAGACAGUAAGCUUCAAAUCAGUGUUAAACUUCUUAAACUCCAUAACUGCAUUUAAGAUGGUUCCAUAAAUGAAUAGUCUUGUUCUUAGGAAAUGUACAUCACAGUUGUUUGAGUUUCCUACCUGCUCUAACAAAUACCAUACAAUGGGUUGGCCGAACAACAGGAAUUUAUUGGCUCUCAGUUUCAGAGACUAGAAGGCUUGCUUUCUCCUUGGAUCAGUAUCUUCUGGCUGGCUGGCAAUCUUUGAGUUUCCUUGGCUGUUCUUCCACAUGGCCAUGCACAAGGCAGCAUUUUCUCCUUUCUCUACCGGGUUCCAUUGAUUUCUGGCCUCUGGCAGCUGCCCACGGCUUCUCUCCCCAACCGACCUUCACUCUGCUUAUAAAGGACUCCAGUAACCUGCAUUAAAGCCCAGCAUGAUUCAACUUGGCCACUCCUUAACUGAAGUAACACCUUCAAGAGAUCUUACUUACAAUGGUCCACAUGCCCACCAGAAUACAAACCAAGACCAAGAACAUGUCCAAACUGCGGUAUGCAAUUCAUCUACAGCAGUAUUUAGUGUUCAAGAAGCAUGAUAUAUACAACCUAUACUCAAGUGUUCAGAAAAUGUAUAGACAGAUAGAUAGAUAGAUAGAUAGAAUGAUAUGGCAAAUGUAGUGAAAUGUUAAUAAUGGUGGAUCUGGGAAUCUGGGGGGUAGGAGUAUGCUGGAGUUCUCUGUAUGGGGUUUGCAUUAUUUUUGUAACUGUCUGUAAAUUUUAAAGUAUUUCAAAAUAAAAUAAUAAAUAAAGGCUCCCAGGUGAUUAUGACA